AUGUGUAAUAUUGUGGGGAAAACUGCAUAUUGUGGUUUCAGCGCACAACAGAAAUCUGUUUCUGUGUGUAUCUAUCCCAUUCGUAUCCACCUAAUUCGGGACCCGGAGAAAAGGCGGCCACCACGAGCUCUUUAUGUUGGGCGCCAUAAGAGCGGGCAAACAAUUGCAUUUGUCGAGGAUAUAGCAGCUCCUCGUCUACCUUCCUUCGACCGUACCUCAAAUAUCUAUUCUCGACUGAUCGACUUUGGUAACCGACCGCACAAGUAUAUGAACCAGUACAACACGGAUUUCACGUUAUACGACCAUGUAUAUCAGCUACUUUACCUGGUCAACCAUGAUUCUCGUGGAAUGCAGCAUUGUGCCGUUCUGCGGCUAUCAAAUCUCUUCCCUGGUAGUUCUGAGUCAAAAACCUUAACAACAAGUCUCAUCCAUGAUUUCGUGAUACACGAUGCAAAUAAGGCACGUAAUGGUUGGAUAGAAGACCCAUACAGUCACGAAGUAAGUUAA